CAAUAGUGGUCAGACAAUGUGGCUACUGGCUAAUGUUAUAUUAGCUGUACCUUACACACUGAAGCCUUAUAGAUCUUUGGCAAUGCGGUGGUACGAUUAUGUCUAAUAUCUCAUACAACAAGGCACAUCUGCAGAGGAGCAUUUUUAUCAGUUGCUGCAAUUGUGAACUAUUGAAUGCUGUUGCAAUCAGAGUAUGAUCUCAUACCAAAUAUCUACAAUCUCACCAAGAACAAGUAGAUCUAUUGGAAGCAUGCAUUUUCUAAAUGUAAGGUCAGUCAUUAUUGAAUCACACAAAAAGGAUAGUAAGUAACCAUGCCCACGGUAAUAGUGUUAUCAAGUUAAUGGUAUUUAUGUCUACAAUACAUUUUGGGUGAAAGACACUUUAUUGUCACGACAUAUAAUCAUUACAAGAAAUCUGCGUUGUUUACAGUCUAAACUUUAUAUUGUAUCUUCAACUUUAUAAUGCUUAGAUCUGCGUUAACCUAUAGAUCUAUAUCGUCUACCUGAGUAUAUGUACGUGUGCAGCUAUGGCCUUCUCAAGACUUGCUCUGAGCUUACUACUAGGACUGACAGUGUGUGUUGUAUGGGUGCAUGCAAUGGUGCGACUGGCAGCAUCCAAUGAGCCCAAUGGCACUGAUCACACUGGAGAAAUUAUCUCCUUCUCUGAUAUUGGAUCAGGACUAGCAGAUCUACUGCGUCCCUGGUAUUGCUACAUCGAGCCUGGUGGUGUAGUGUGGCAGGGUCCUGGUAUGAGUGAAUUGCCCAUAGUUACCGACAGGGAUGCAGUUGGGGAUGAACUGUUCAUCAGUGGUGUUGUUAAUCCUGCUGCUGUUGUUCUGCAUCGUGGUCCCACACACUUCAGUCCUGAUGGAGAACACUGCUGUGCGAGGAUUGUUAUAGACGGUGCACUGUGCCGGUUAUGGAGGUUGUGAGGAGAUGUGUCACCUUCACCACCAAUAUGGCCACCUAUACCUGUGACACUGGGUACACCAUCAGUGGAGCUACUCCGAUAACUUGUAUGAGUGAUGGUACUAGUGCUGGUACCUGGUCUCCACCACCUCCCACUUGUACAAUCGUCACCUGCCCUGUCCUAACCCCCCCUACCAAUGGAGCCUUGUCCACCACUAGUCGGGACUACCUCACCUCUGUUACAUACAGCUGUGAUACUGGCUACGUCCUCACUGGUAAUAGUAUAGUGAUACUGUUAGACAAUGUCAAGCUACUGGUCUGUGGACAGGGGAGGCACCAACUUGUCCACCUGUUGACUGUGGACCACUGACUAUUAAUAACGGAGCAGUGAACACAUCCUCUGGAACCACCUUCAUGAUGACUGCUACCUACACCUGUAACACUGGAUACAACAUUGUUGGUAGUGUGAGCAGAACUUGUGGAGCAAGUGGAACAAGUGGAGCAACUACACUAACUGAUGGAGUUUGGAGUCCAACUGCACCAGUUUGUGAACUUGUCAACUGUGAAGCACUUGCCAACAUCUCCAAUGGAGCAGUGGACACAUCCUCUGGAACCACCUUCAUGGUGACUGCUACCUACACCUGUGACACUGGCUACGCUCUCAUUGGAGUAAAUGCUCAGACUCCAGUGGUGAUGAGUCAUCUCCCCUCUCACGAUUACGAGGAGUUGGGCAAAGUACAGGAGGAGGCUACCUAUGAGGUGGUGGACCAGCCACGCCCCCUUCCUCAUGCAGUCUGCCAGCGCAGCUUAUGCACCUACUGACUCAACGUCAACACAGAUAUAUAUAUACUUAAAAACAACACAGUCUAUCAGUGUAUGCAUGUGUCCUAUACCUCGUACAUAUCUGACCAUGCAUAUUGCCGUUUUUAAAGCAGUGUUCACUAGCUGAUCACUUGU